AUGUUUUACAUAAUUCCAAUUAUUUUUAUAUGGAUUGUGAACAAUAAUAUAAAUCAAGCAUUCGGAUGUCAAUGUCCAGGAAACGAUACUAGAUCGUAUGUUGUUACUGAUGGAGGUGAGGUUCAAACUGAUGGACAGCUGAAAUGUUUUUAUGCUAAAACUCUUGCAGAUGGUCGUGGUCCCUUAUAUUGUUUAUAUCGAACUGAUUGUUCUCUUGGUACCGAUGGUGAUUCACGAUUCUGUCAAGAUAAAGCUAUACCAACGACAACUGUAGCAGCACAAGGUGGCGGAGGAACUACUACAACAACAACUCCAAUGACAACAACCACAUCAAGCUGCAAAUGCCCUGCGGUCGAUACAAAUGGUACAGCACUUAUCGGUUCUCAAUUUGUAAGUGGACAAUUAUCAUGUGGUUACGGGAAUGAUGAUGGUUGUUGGUAUGAUCCGGGUACUUGUGCACUUACAUUAGAUCAGCAUGGUGGACUUUGUGCUGGAAAUAAAACUGCAACAUCAGCAUCUACAACGGCUGCACCAUCGGGAGUAACAACAACUGCAGCAUCUGGUAUAGGAAUACUAACAACUCCAACGAUUGUUAUGGGAGUAACAACUCCAGUGGUCGUUGUAGGAGUAACAACAACAACUCCAGUGGUUGUUGUAGGAAUAACGACAACAACAACUGCAACGGUUGUUGUAGGAGUGACAACAACAAUAGCUUCGACGACUAUAUCAAUGGGAGUAGCAACAACUUCAAUGAAUGUAACUACAGUAAUGAUGGUAACAAAUAUGACAGCAAAUAUGACGACAACAACGGCAAGACCUUCUACUGGCACGACUCUAAAUGGUAUCGUGUUUUUUGUUUUUAUUUUUUGA